UGCUUAUUGCCCUAAAUUUUGUAUCGAUCCCUGCAACAAAUUUUUAAUUUAAUUUACAUUUAAUAACACUCCGCAGUUGUUUUGAUUUGACCGAAACUUAUUUCAAACAGUGACAAAACUCUAAACAAUUAUCUAGUGAAGUAAUUCAAAUUACUUUCAUUUAUAUUUCAUCCUAAGUUGAAAUAUAAACAUCGUUUCCCUUUUACAAGAUGACUAUAAUCACCCAUAAUGUUACCAAAAAUCCGGAAUUAAAAGACCCAUUGGUUGCAGAACAUCAUCAGCCAAAUGUUAAUGAUGACAUUGAAAUUAACAAUCAACCCUUACUAGUGACCUGGAAAAGAUCUCGAGUUCGACGUAUCAGCUCAUUAACUACAAUAUGCGUAUUUCUCACAGCUUUCCUUGUCUUUACAACUGGUAUUAUCGGUGGUGUUUACCUUUAUCAACAAUUUACUCAACAUAGGCUUCGUCAUUUCCGUGGGUGGUGCAGUGUACCUUACUCAGAGCCACAAGCAAUCAUACAUUUGCCACAAAAUUCGGCUCUUGGAAGUUCUGGUGAAAUGGAGAGUCAAGAUAAUGCUUUGGUAUCUUCACUUGAACAAGCUCAAUCCAUGUUGAAUGAAAAAAUUUUCAAACCAGCAUUUGAAAAAUUUUUUGACCAAGAAUUUGAUAUUGACACUGAAACAGAACAAUAUGAGCGAAUCGAGGUUCCAGAUUUUUCAGAUGGCCGGCGUGGUCGAUAUAUUCAUGACUUUUCAAUGAAUAUUACUGGCAUUGUUGAUUUGGAGGAAGAUAGAUGUUUCAUUAUUCCUUUGAACAGAAGCAUGGUUUAUCCACCUCAAAAUCUUGCAGAUUUGGUGCUCAAAUUAAGGUCAGGCUUUUAUGAAGUUGACACUGAAAUUGUUCGUGAAACUUACCAUGUCGAGACUCCAGCUAUAACAGAUUUUCGUAGUCUCGGUCUUUAUAUAGCAAGAGAAUGUGGCAAUUUACCUACUUAUCGUUUAAAGAAAGUCCUUUCACCUGUUUUCAAACGAAGUGCUGAUGAAGUCGGUAUUAAAUCAAUGUUCACAGAAUUUGCUGGAGCAAAAGUUUCACAAAUCUAUAUCGUUAAUUUGCACAAUAUACCUGGUCGGAAAUAAAAAUACGUGACGAUCCAUUAUAAGAAGGGAUGAAACAUAAUAAAGGGGAAAAUGAUGUGAUUUAUUUUAAGGUGACUUUCAAUUGGAAUAAUCGUUGAGAGAUCCAAAUAUCAUAUCGAUUAUGUCUCGAAUUAAAUCUGUUGAAUCAACUUUAUAAUCUAUCUGCUUUGAAUGCAGUUGACACUAAAAUUUAAACAAUAACAAACACUUUCAAAUUUUGUGCUUUA